AUGCUCAAAAUUUUUAAAAUAAUACAAAUAAUUAAUCUUUUCUUUGGUCCGGUUGUUGAGGGUGAACUUCGUAAAGACAGACCUUUUAUACCUACAACAACACAAAUCCAGACAACUACAAGUGCAACUACCAGAACAACGAGAAGAAUUCACCAACCAUUAAAUGAAAUAAAUGAAAAGCCUAUUUUAAUUAACCCAAUUAAAAGUUUUCAUUGCUCUCGUGGAAUUCUUUGUCGUUUACCUAUUGAUGAAAAUACAUUUCUUGAUCCCGAAGAUGGACAUACUUCAAAACUUUCUCUUAGUGUUCAUUCAAUUGAAAAUAAUAAUUCUAACAAUUUUUUGGUCGUAAUUCCUGGUCAAAAUAUUUUAGAAGGUGUUCCUGUUACCGGGGAAUUUGGAGAAGCAUCAGCUAAAGAGGAGGAGGAAUUUACUUUUAGAUUGGAAGCUAGAGAUAGCCAAAACGCUGCACAAUCAGCACCAUUUGAAGUUUUUGUUUCUCGUCCGCCACUUGAUGGGCCUAAGCCUAACCAUCGUUACUCAAUGGUUUUGGAUGUUCCUGUAGAAAGAUUUCAUUCAAAGCCAGAAAUGCUUCGUGAUUUUGUCUAUAGAUUGAGUGGAAUUCUUAAACGUUUUCCUCUUCCAUCUGCAUCUUCACCAACAUUUUUGCAAACACCAGAAAGAAUAGAAGCAGCCACAGAAAUUUAUAUUGACCGAAUAACAGAUAAUGGAUCUGACCAAACAUUAUUGCAAUGGUGGGAUGCAACAGUUAGUAGAACACAAUGUGACGAAAAAAGAAUUAAUUCAACUAAAGAACGUAUGGUACAUCAACAUCAUCAUACUGGAGUAGAAAAAGUCCGACAUGAAUUUGCUAAACAAAUGGGUGCUCAAUUUCAUGUUAGGAAGGUCACUCUCGAACUUUUGGGUAAAUGUUUAGCUCAACACAUGCUUGACUCUAUGCGUGUACGUGUUUAUACAACAACACAACGAAAUACUUUAGCUGUAGAGGAAGGAAUUGGAAGUGUUUUUAGUGGUUGGACACAAACAUUAUUAAUCCCUUUAAUUUUGAUUGCAACAAUUUUGUUGUUAAUAACGGUUUUGGUUUUGUUGUGUUGUGCUCAUCAUAGAAGAGGAAAAAAGGGAGCUAGAAUAAAUAGAAGAAAUGAAUAUACAACUAAAGGCCGCCCAGUUGUUUUCCCUGAUGAAGUUCCACAUAGAGAUGAGGGAAGUUCUGCUGAUGGUUCUCUAGCUACAGUAACAACCCCAAUGCUUAUGGAACGUGAACAGCCCCCUCUAGAUCCAAAUAAAAUGACUAUGCAUGAAAAUCCACUUUAUCGUCCACCUCCACAAUUACAAGCACAAUUAACCAGAAAUGGAACUUCUAAUUUAAAUGGAAUAACUAAUGGACAUGCACAAAAACAGCAACAUGAAAUGAGUCCAUUGAAUGGUGGAAGCCCUGGCCGUCAAUAUAUUUCUCAACAACAAAAAAGCCCUCCACCUCCACAGAUGGUCAGUACAUUCAGCCCUCCUGGCGCACUUCGUGCCAUUGACGCCUCUCCAACCCCUCAAAGGGCACAUCCAACACUUCCCUCUACAUUCCAGAGAGAACAUCCACAUCAACAUUCUGUCCGUUUCCAUCAACAUCCAACACCUGUCGGUCAAAGGAUGCCGCCGCCAUAUAUUGCACAUUAA